GCGCGCGUCCCCUCUCUCGCUCCCUACCAUCCAACCUCACCACCGCCCUCUCGUAUUCACUGUUCGCUCGGCGUGUUUGCGCUACCACACUCCCUUGGUCAUUCAACUCAGUCAUUCUUUUGUGAAUCCGAAGGCAGUGUCUUGACGAGGUUAUCAUCUAAACAGCCGACCUCACACCACACCAAACCACCAAACAUCCACAUACCAACGCAACAAUGGUCCGAUCAACCAUCAUCGCCGCCAUGGCCUCGGCCGCCGCGGCCAACCAAUUCGUCAUGUACACCACCGGCGGUGACGACGCCGUCGUCGAGCGUGUCGACCCCAUCGUCAACUGGGGCAACAUCUCCGCCCACGUGCACCAAGUCUUUGGCGCCGACGGCCUCAAGCCCGACAUGACCUACGACACGCUCCAGGACUCCGGCUGCACCAACGUGGGUUCUGCCCAGGGCAAGCAAAACACCGCCGACAUGUCCGUCUACUGGCACCCGUCGCUGUACAUGGAGGCCAAGGAUGGUUCAGGAUACGUCCGUGUGCCGAUUCAGUCGCACAAGUUGUACUACCGCGACACGGGAAAUGCGGCGGACAAGCUCAACGAGCCCUUCGAGUUCCCCAAGGGCUACCGCGCUCUGGCCGGUUUCCCAACCCAGCGCGCGCCCAAGACGGACGGCAUCCACGUGUGGCAGUGCUACCAGCCCUCCGGCACCAUCACCGGCGAGAACGGGCAGUUCCCUCAGAACUUCGAGUCCUGCGAUACCAUUCCCGGCUUCCAGGUCAGGAUCAACUUCCCACACUGCUGGAACGGCAAGGACUUUGACGAGAAGGACCCGGAUGCGCACUACUCGUACCCUGACGGUGACUGCGAGAACGGCCCUUGCCCGGCUUCCCACCCCAUCCGCAUCCCGCACAUCUUCUCCGAGAACAUCUUCGACUUGAAGAGUGUGCAGGACAAGACCAUCCCGGGCUCGUUUGUCCUCUCCCACGGUGACAAGACCGGCUGCGGUUGGCACGCCGAUUUCUUCAACGGCUGGAAAUCCGGCGCCAUCCCCGAACUCUUCAAGACCUGCCCUCAAGGCGAAUACGGCAACCACGACAUCGGGACCUGCCCCACCUUCGCCGCCGGCCCCGACGCCACCCAGUGCAAGCAAACCGGCACCUUCAAGGAAGAAGUCGACACUCCCGGCCAGUACCUCCCCGGCUGCAACCCCAUCGUCGACACCGACCCCGCACCGAAGAUGGCCGUCGCGCCUCUGGGCGUGUGCACCGCCGAGUGCCCGAAAGCCGGCUCCGGCCACGCUUCUUCCGGCUCUGGAUCGUCUCCUCCAUCCUACCACUCCGGCUCCGGUUCUCCAGCAGCGGUCGUCAGCCAGGCUGUUGCGGCCGUCAGCCAAGCCGUCGCGCCCGUCUACCAGGCUCCCGCUGCUUCAGCAGUUCAAGAGAACAGCGACGGUUCCAUCGUGUGGGUGACCGAAGUCGUGACCGUCACGGGAGCCGCCGGCGGCGCUGCGCCGACCGCACCAACCUACCAGGCUCCUCCGACGUACCAGGCUCCUGCUGCUGGCGGUGCUGCUCCGGCGUACAAGCGUCACGAGCACAUGGAGAAGCACCGUGCGCACGCUCGGUCAUUGUAAAGCAUUCCAGACUCGAUGUCGUUGAGGAGGGGAAUGAAUAUGUGACGAGGCAAUGACAGACAAAGUCCAGAAGUAGCGCACUUGGGGAGGUGUUGUGAGGAAGACAGAAGACAAAGAACAGGGAAAGAAGAAAGGUUUACAGUUACAUAUCAUGCUUGUGCUGACAUAUGAUGUGAUAUGGGUGGUGCAUGUACGCAGAUGCAAAUCUAUGCAAGGGUGUUUUUUCGUGUUCAGAGAGAGAGAGAGAGAGAGAGAGAGAGAGAUUUGUUGAUACCUUUUUUGUCUCUUAUCUUUCGGUAUUUUGGGGUUUGCGCUGGAAUGAACAAUUCGUUUACUUAACUUAUAUUUCUUCUCGUCUU